AUGUUCUCUCGACAGUGCUCCCGCCUCGUCUCCUCCCGAACCGCCGUCCCCUUGACAUCCUAUCUGGCCCGUGUGAGGCCUUAUUCCUCCGCAACCUCAGGAUACGAACAUAUCCUGACAUCCGCUCCCAAGCCAGGUGUCGGACUGAUCACAUUGAACCGACCCAAGGCCCUCAAUGCGCUAUCGAGUUCUCUCUUCCGAGAAAUCAACGAUGCCCUAUCCAAGUACGACAAGGACAAGGAAAUAGGCGCCAUCGUCAUCACUGGCAGCGAGAAGGCCUUCGCCGCGGGCGCCGAUAUCAAAGAAAUGGCACCCCUGACUUUCUCCUCCGCCUACACCAACAACUUCAUCGCCCCAUGGUCCCAUCUCGCCAAUAACGUCCGCAAGCCCGUCAUUGCCGCCGUAUCCGGCUACGCUCUCGGCGGAGGCUGCGAGUUGGCUCUCAUGUGCGAUAUCAUCUACUGCACCGCGAACGCCACCUUCGGACAGCCCGAGAUCAAACUGGGUGUGAUUCCCGGCGCGGGUGGAUCGCAGCGUCUUACUCGGGCAGUGGGCAAGAGCAAGGCCAUGGAGCUGAUCCUCACCGGCAAGAAUUUCAGUGGUAAGGAAGCUGGAGAAUGGGGUGUCGCGGCUAAGGUUGUGGAUGGUGGCAAGGAGGAGCUUCUGGAGGAGGCACUUAAGACGGCAGAGACGAUCGCCGGGUAUAGUCAGGUUGCGGUGCUGGCUUGUAAAGAGGUGGUGGAUAAGAGCCAGGAACUUUCAUUACGCGAGGGAGUGGAGUAUGAGAGGCGGUUGUUCCAUGGACUCUUUGGAAGUAAGGACCAGAAGAUUGGCAUGACUGCCUUUGCAGAGAAGAAAAAGCCAGAGUGGUCGAAUGAGUAG